AUGGAUCAUCCCAUUACCCCACAACACCAAAAAGAGGAUUUCCGCACUUUUAUCACAAGAGUGAACGUCAAAUUCGGCCUCGAGAUCCCCCUCCCUGGAAUUGAGUCCCCUUCGGCGAGAGAGAGAAAUACCAGCCUCCCAAGUCAGAUCUACAAGCAUAUCCGCCCGCUGUUCUUCAAUAACAAGGUUGACAAGAGAAGCUUAAUUGACAAUCUCGAGGAAUGGGUCCGUGGGAACCUGCCGUUAGCCGCCCACAACAAUGUAUAUCAAACCAGCGCAGAUCGCCGGGCAAGCCAACGACACCAGAGCGAGGAACCGGCACCCCGGCUCUCACUCACCGGCCCUGAGAAGGACAUGUGCAUGAGGCAGUUGCUAGCGCUCAUGGAAGACGAGGAAUAUCUUCUGGCGAAUGGCCGUGUUGUAAACACCAAAAAAAGGUUAGCCGCUAAUUCCGUUGGAGCUGCCACGGGCUUAUCACCAAAGAAACAAACGUUUGAUGAUGAAGAUGAAGACGAGAACUUCCACACCGCACCAAAUUCCCCCGUGAAGGGAUCUGUGCUAGCCCAGUCCCCUUUAGGAAAGAAUGGAGAUAGAGCUUUACAAUUUCCCGAGAUGGUGCAGGCUGCGUUUCGAGGGCCUCGAAGGAAUUCUGGGGCUGCGAACUUGCCGGUCAACAAUCAUCGAGUAAUUCAGUCUCCCGCGCGGGCGUCGAUGGGAAUUGCGUCGCCCGCAAAAUGUCAAGUUCGCCCGUCGCCCGGGAGGAACAAUGUGUCCGUUCAGUCGCCUGUAAAUAACAAAGAGAACUUCCAUUCCCCGGUGAAGUAUUCGGCGACCUUUCCUCCGCCAGCAAAGGGACAACCAGUACAGCCCCAAAAGUAUCACCAAUCGCUCUCCAGGAAAGUGGUCCCUAAACCGCCAUCCAUGCCUCAAGACAAUGUUCCCCCUUUGGCGAGGAAGUCGACGAGCACUUCGUCGCCAGCGAAGACUCCAAAGGGUGCCCAAUUAUCAGCGAAGGAUCCAGGAUCUGUCCAAUCGCCAUCCAAAACGCCCAAAUCAGUUAAAUCACCCUCCCAGUCACCGUUAAAACAGAUGGAUCUUAGAUCGUUUGGAUUUGUCAACAGCCCUGGUAAAGAACCCUCUGCUGCCCCGGAAGAUAUUGAGUUCAAGAAGCCUACUUUAUUUGAAAAGCUUAGCGCGGUAUCUGAUGAAUCGAAGCACAAUAAUAUGACGCAGUCAGCCAAUACCAGUUUUUCAACGACGGUCACUUCGUCAAUCUUUAUGUCUCGGGAUUCUAGCAUGGAGCAAUCAUUUGAUUCGUCAACCUAUGCAGACUCGGUCGUCGGGUACAUGGCUAGCGACGAGAUGCAACGGAGCGUGGACGCAGCUGCCAUCUCUAUGAUGGUAAAUGCGGACCCGGUUGAGACGGAGUAUUCCCUCAAACAUGAGUUUGUUGAUGAGCUCCUGUCCCACGGCCCGUUUUCGGUGGAAGAAUCCUUCCCGGCGAAAAUUCCAUUGCGGUUUCGAUAUGAGCUGGAACGUAUUGGACGUGCAUGGGGGAUCCCUUUCAAACAAAUACUUGUUGGUGACAGUGUUAACUUCAGCACUCAAGAUGAUUUCUGGUCAUGGGUCAGCAGGCUUAGUCAACGUUAUGGUUGUCCGUUGCCAGAGAGAUCGCCGCGCCGGGCCUGGGAUGCUGCUGUUGGUGAUUUCAAAUCAGAUAAGCACUCAGAGGUGGUAGUACUGUCAGGAGACUUGGACUGGUGUGGCGAGUCCGAGCUGGGUAUUUUCAAAUUGAGUCUCAACCCGCUCAAGCCAGAGCGAACCUGUCGAUUUCACCGAAGAUUUGGAUCGGAUAGAUUCCUGACUCUUACUAUCCCAGCCCCGGAUCGGCCUCCCAGCCACCAGAAACAACCUUCCUACCCAUCUGUCUUUCGCGAGAGUAUUGCUUCCUGGCUCACACGGAAUGAUCAUCAUUGCCUCGGGCGGACGUGGCGGGCUUUCUAUGUCGAAGAAGUGAAGACCAAGCGAAAAGCCAAGGGUGAGCCUCGGUUUCGGGUCGAACUCUUCGCCAUUGAUGGCGACGACUUUGAUCAUGGGCACCAGUUACCACCAGUGGUGGCCCCUCCCCGACAGCAGAGUGACAGCUAUACUCCGAUGAGUGUAGAUGCUUUGCUGGAAUGGCAUAUGCCAAAGACUGCGAACGCGAAUCAAAGCAAUUGCAAGCUCUUCCAGCGUAUUUCUCUGGGCUUGUCGAAGACGUUUGCAACGGUUAAAUUGAAGCCAACGCAAGUACUUCGCUUGAGGGACGAUCCAACCCGGCCUGUCAUGAAUGACGGAUGUGCUUUGAUGUCGAGGACUCUUGCGAACCAAAUUUGUGAUCAACUGGGCAUAACAACUGCCACGCCUAGUUGCUUCCAGGGCAGAAUAGCAGGUGCUAAGGGUCUUUGGAUGGUUGAUUGCCACCAAUCUAGUAUCACUACCAUGAAUGACGAUGACGUCUGGAUUCAGAUCUCGGACUCGCAGUUGAAGAUACACCCUCAUCCACAGGAAUGGGUUGACCCAGUUGAUGACGAGAAGUUGACAUUCGAAGUAGUCAAUUGGGCUAAGCAAUUGCAUCCUGUUGACCUUAAUAUCCAGCUUCUUGCAAUUCUGGAAUAUGGAGGGAACGUGAAGGAGUACAUUGCCAAGCUCACGCGUGAUGGUGUGCAGAGUCUUUAUGACGACUUCCUUGAGGUUCUUCGAUCAAAUAGCCCCGUGGUUUGUCGAGCCCUCCUUCAGAAGCUCAGACCCUCCGGUGAGGACGGAACUGGCAAAGCCCGACGAUUAGAGCAGUGGGUGACUAAUGAUGCUGAAUCCAUCAUUCGUUUCUCAGAGGCUGGCUUUGCCCCGCGCGAUUUCUUUCCCCUCCGAAUGAAGAUCAGACAAUAUUUGACCUGGCUUCUUGAGCGGCAUGUCGAAGAACUCAAAAUCCAGGUCCCUCUGUCAACCUAUGCGUACUGCAUUGCCGACCCAUAUGGAGUUCUCGGACCGGACGAAGUUCACUUCGGCUUCUCGAAUAACUGGCGGGAUCCACAGGGCCAGUUCGAAGACAACCUCCUGGAUGGAGUAGAUGUUCUCGUCGGCCGACUCCCGGCCCAUCUACCGUCUGAUAUUCAACGGCGUAGAGCCGUAUGGAAGAGUGAACUACGCCAUUUCAAAGAUGUGAUUGUCUUUCCCACCACAGGGAACUUUCCUCUAGCUGGUAUGCUAUCCGGGGGAGAUUACGACGGUGACACGCCAUGGAUCUGCUGGGAUCCAAUGAUUGUCGAGAGAUUCCAUAAUUCCCCAAUGCCCCCACAUGAAUAUCCUGCGGAGCAUUACGGGCUGACGAAACACUCCGUUCCAAUGGCCUCUCUGGAGUCCACGGAAGACUUUUUGGAAAGCGUGUUCGAUUUUAACCUCAACGUCUCAAACCUCGGUCGUUGUACCGUCGAGCACGAGAAAUUGGCGUACGAUGAGUCAGUCGACUCCCCGAAAGCGAAAGAGUUGGCCUGUCUCUUGGGUCAUCUUGUGGAUGGCCGGAAAGGUGGAGUGCAUCUUUCAGAGCAAGCUUGGAAAGAAUACCGCAAAACCAUUAGCCCUAAGCAACGUGUGCUUCCCGCGUAUCGAAAUCCAGAGCGCAAGUCGAAAUCGUCGAACAUUGUCGAUUUCCUUAAGUUUAACGUCGCACAAUCGGAGCUUUGCAGAAUUCUCUCGGGUCUCAACGAGGCCUUCCCCGAGAACGAUAUCCAAAAUCGGCUCGAUGAUGACCUCCUUCGUCCCUGGAACGAAGCCGAUGAAGCUUCGAAGAGCAAGUCUGCGCAUAGUCAAGAAUUAAAAGAUGCCCUCGGUGAAGUUCGAAGGUCGAUAGACGAACUAUACAAGCAGUGGAACCAAGGACACUCUGCUUCUACCGGUGGCGAGUUCUCUGCCAUAUCACGCCAAGCUGCCGAGAGCGCGGGUGCACUCGCUCCUCCCCACGCCGGCAGACAUCCGCUCAUCCAGACCUGGCAAAACAGCCGCAAUGAGUGGCGACGGUUAGUAGCUUCGUACGCCUACCAUCGAUGUCCAAACUCCCGGUUUAUCCUUCACGCCUUUGGCGAGACAUUGUGCGAAAUCAAGGCGUCCGUCUCGCCAUCCCGCCUUAUCACUAAUGAGGUGGUUGCCUGCUACCGAGUGAAUCAGAAAAUGGUGUCACAUCUCACAGCCAAUGAAUUGCCCGGGGAUGAGAGCGACGCUGCAGAUGAGUAUGAAGACGGAGAAGCCAUUGAAGCCAUGCUAUCCUUUUAG